GCUACGGCGAUGUUUUGAUAUGAACGAAAGAUUGUUCUACGAGAAAAAAAGAGCGAAGUAAUGAUGUGUCUUGUUCAGAGAGGAUGACUUGCAUCUUAGAUGACGAUGAAGUAGACAUUGAAGCUGAAAUUCAGCGAGAACUCGACGCCCUUGAAGAUGACAGUUUGCAUAUCGAAGAUGUUGAAGAUGAGACAUCAACUUUGGAAACAGACGAGUCUCAAGGGGAAGACUUUCCAGACUCCAUCCAGGAAUAUCUGCUACUUCUUCAAUCACGGACACAGAAUGCUGAAGAAGAAGUGAAGGAAUGUGAGAUAAUCUUGGAGAAGUUACCUCUUGGGAGUUCAGUGAAAGAAGAUGAAGCUUUGCUCUCGCAGAGAAUAAAGGAAGAACUUGGUGAUGAUUAUUCUGAAAAUCCUCUUGUCAUUAGAGAUAGGGUUUUGUCAGAACUUGAAGAAACAGAACUAAAAGAAGAAAGGGAGAGGUUAGCAAGAGACAACAAGAAUGAAGAAGACAAUCAAUUUGCCUUGGAUAUUGUCAGACCAGCCAUCAUUGAAGAAAUUCAAGCCCUUGAGGAAAAUGCUAAACAAAAGUUAAGAGAUUUAGAAGAGAAACAAGCCAAGAAAGAUCAGGAGAGAGAGUUAUGGUACAAAGAAAGAAGGCAACAAGAUGAGGCACGACGUAAAAGAGAACAAGAAGCUCGUUAUGAGAGACAAUUACAGUUUGAGGCUUCACAGGAGAAGUUACGUAAGGAACAAGAGGUUCUCAAAGCUAAAUUGGAGGCAGAAGCCAGGGAGGAAGAGAAGAAACUUCAAAAAAUGGAGGAGCAGUUCCAGAUGGAGAUUAGGACAAUAGAGGAAGAGAAAAGGAAACAGAGUGAAGCUUUGGAAGAGACAAAGAAAAAGGAGGAGGAAUAUCAACUUAGGAAGAGAGAAGUUGCUGCUACCAAACUACAGAAGUUUUACAAAGGCUUUAGAACAAGGAAACAGUUUCAACCAAUACUGGAAGCUAAGAAGUUAGAGAGGAUAAAGAAAAGAAAUGAAGAACUUGACAGCAUUGAAAGGGUAGAGAGAAAGCUGAGAGAGGAAGCUGAGAAAAAGAAACUUGAAGAUGAACAGAGAAGAAGGGAAGAAAAAGAAAAUAGGUUGAGACAAGAAGAAGAAAGAAGGAAACAAGAGGCGGAGGAGAACGAAAGGAAACUGAAAGAAGAGCAGAGGUUAAGAGAGGAGAAGAAAAAAAAGAUGGAAGAAGUGGAAAAAAGAAGAAUUGAGGAAGAGGAGAGGAGGAAAGAAGAAGCCAGGAAAAAGAAAGAGGAAGAAGAAAAGCAGAGAGAAGCAGAGGAGAAACAACAGAGAAUUGAAGAGGGAAAGAAAAGGGAAGAAGAGGAGAAAAGAAAGAGAGAAGAAAUACAAAAGAAAAUUGAAGAAGAGAAACAAAGGAUAGCAGAAGAGAACAAGAGGAAAGAGGAAGAAAGGAAGAAAAAGGAGAUGGAAGAAAAUAUGAGAAAAGAGGAAGAAAGAAAGAGAAGGGAGAUGGAAGAAAAUAUGAGAAAAGAGGAAGAAAGAAAGAGAAGAGAGGAAGAGGAAAGACUCAAAGAAGAGCACAGGAGGAAAGUGUUAGAGGAAGAAUUGAAAACUAAAGAGGAGAAAGAGAAAACGGAAAGAGAGAGGAUUCAAGGAGAUGAAAAACUAAUGCAAGAAACCAAAGGAUUCUCAGAUCAACAGAAGUCUGAAACACUAUACAAAGAAAUCCCACAAGAGAAAAGGGAAAAGUUAUUGGAGCGGGCUAACACAUCUGGACAAGAAACAAAACUCUCAACAAGAUUGGCAUUAACAAAAGAACUAGAGGCAAGGAGACUGCAGUGGGUAAAAGAACAUACUCCUUGGAGCACAGUAUCCACUUCAGAGGGGAGAACUCAUCCUGUAGCAAUGAAGUCAAGACCAAGAAGAGCAUUUUCUGCUGGCAAACAUCUUCCUGCUUUAACUGAAGAACAGCUUUUGAUGUCAUCUCCUUCCAAUACGUCUCUCCAUAGAGUGAAGUGUAUCGCACUCAACGAACUUCCAAGCUGUAGUAUGCAAGGGCUUAGUCAGUGUCCAGAAGUGAGGUCUUUGUCACUUCAAAACUGCGGAUUGUUGGUAGUUGAAGGUUUAGACAAGUGCAAAGAACUACAAGAACUUCAUUUACAGGGUAACAACAUUGAAGCAAUCAACAUUAAAGAUCUUCCUAAGCUGGAAGACAUAUCUCUUGCCAACAACAACUUGUCCUCUGUCCAUGGAUUAGAAGGAAUUGGUUCCAUUAUGUCUUUGGACUUGAGCAAUAACAAGAUCACCAGAAUAGGAGAUCUAGCAUCCUGCAGGAGGCUUCAGAAACUACUCAUGGAUAAUAAUCAACUCAUAAACACUAAGGGUUUGUAUUGCCUCUCAAGACUUCAGCACCUAAGUCUGGCUCACAAUCACUUGGCUCGUGUCAGUGAGAUUGACAACUGUCUGCUGCUUCAAACGUUGAAUCUUCGAGCAAAUAAUUUACUAGAACCUCCUUGUGUUGUAAACAGUGUUCUCUUGAGAGAGCUUAGACUUGAUGAUAACAGCAUCUCUUCCUUAGAUGCACUGUCGACUGCAUGGCUACCCUUGCUUCAGAUUCUCAGUGUGAGCCAAAACAGCAUAUCUCGGUUGGCGCCUCUCGGUAAUUUGAUCAUGAUGGAGUUUUUGGAUAUCAGCAACAACCUAAUAUCAGACACUGACAGUCUUCUCCACGGGCUACAAAACUGCCACAGAAUUAGAACAUUAAAGGCUGCAGAAAAUCCUGUUUAUGAAGAUCCUAACUGCAGAGCCUUGAUACUGGAAUACCUGCCAAACCUAUUGAGUUUGGACGACGAGAUUACGCACCAGAAAAGCAGAGUUUCAGCUGAGAAUCAAGCUGUGUUCCUUGAAAUGUGUCAGAACCAACUCCAUUCUCAGGAUAAUUUAAAGGCCAAGCAAGAAAAAGAACUCGGUGAGAUUACGGACGCAAGAAACCCAGAAAGUGUUGUAAGAAGACUACGCUUAAAGAGUCAACACAACCAGGAAAGAUUUGAAUUGGCGGUAAGACACCUGCUUGAACACGAAAAUUUCAGUUCAGAAAACGCAAGUUGUAUAGUCAAGGAAGAGAAAACUUUGGACGGCGACAGAAACCGAGAAGGGAAGGCACAGUUGCACCAUCCACAGCUGCACCAGCCGAGUGCAAGGAAUGAAAAGGAAGGAAAAACUAAACAGUCAAUAGAUCUUCUGGCACAGCAACAUGUGGCUGCUACUAAGAUCCAGGCGCUUUGGAGGGGAUGGCACAUCAGGCAUUUGAUUGAUGUCAACACCACAAAAUGGCUCGCAGCUGUGACCAUUCAGUCAGCCUGGCGGGGCUACCUGGUUCGCUCACAACUCAAGAAACAACCCAAGGAACCAUGGGAUCCGAAAAGAAAUUCUGCAGCCACCAUAAUUCAGGCGCAUUUCCGUGGUCAGCGGGUUCGUCGCCGGCUAAAUGAAGCUCUGAGGGCCGCUCAAUUUUAUGACGAUGAAGGAGAGGAGGAGUUUGAUUAUGAUGAAGAAGUGGAUCUUACGGCUUUCGAUUUUGACGAAAACGUUUUAGAACAAGGAUGGACACCGAGUGAAACUCCACAGCUUCCGUCCAGGGGACCAGUGUUAAAAUCACCUGGGAAACCAAUUAAGACAUAUCUCGAAAAGAAUUCCAGAGCUGCCUUCCAACCAGAACCCACGGCACCAAAACCUCGUCACGCCUGGCGUUCAGCAGACUCACCCAUUACCGAUGUCAAUCAACUGCCUGUUGGCAAGGCAACCAUAGAUCAUGACCAAAUGUCAGUGACUUCUGGCUUGCAAAGUCAUCUGUCACAUCGUGCAGAAGAACUGAGCAGCGAAUGGGGUUUCAGGAGUUCCGAGACAGCUGAACUGAUGAUGAGAAGAGCGAAAAAGAUGAAAUAUAAUCCCGCCAGAAGGAAAAAGCUGCUUGAUCCCAAUAAACGUCUGGCUUUAUUCAAGAAGCUGGAAGAAACCAAUAAGUUACAGGAGGUGAAACCACCGCCUACUAGAAGACAACCGCCAAAUAGAGUGGAAUAUUUUGCGGCGCGUGAAGCUAUGGCUAGUCAUCUGAAUUCUACAUCGCCGACCACUGAAAAGCAAAAUAGAGAGAAAAUGACUUACAGUUGGGUUUACAGGCAGGCCGUUGUUCACGAAGACGAAGAGAAAAACAUCAUGGCCGACAGAAAGGAAUACUCUCCUGAUAACAGAGCUAAGAAAACCUCGCCACAAAAAAACAAUCGCUCCUCUGUCAAUCUCCCCCACAUGGAUCCCGUGGUUCUCUCCGGACGUACCCUCCCACUGAUAUCCAGUCCACACUUUUCGCAAUCCCUGGAACAAUCGUCGCCCGAAGGGCUCUCCCCGAGGAGGAAUUCAUUUUCGUCAGAGGGUCACGUACGUUUUCCCGCCAUCAAAACUCAUUCCGUGCCCAACCUCCUAGCCAGGUCCUCGGCCAGUGGAGAACAACCAUUGAAAACAGAGAAAAGCAACAGUGCUGGAGCGCGAAUCAACAGAGAAUCUAAAAACAAGAGAUGAUGGUAGUAAUCGUACAGUGAGAUCCCGUGGUUUACACCUGCACUGCGACUGCCUUUUUGGACAGUGUUCAGCACCUUUGUUGAGAUUCUAUAAACUAUUUCCGAGCCUAUGGGGGAGGGGAGACUCUGAGACGUCAGAGCAUCACAACCAUCGGACAUGUCUAAAUUAUAAUUACUUUUAAUUAAUUAAAAAACUUGAGAACUUAGGAAGUUAUCGUUUAUUUCUUAACGAGACCAAGAGUCAAACUGUUAUCUCUCUUGUGCUGUAAUCGGAAUUUAAGGGAGUUAUGAAAUACCACACUGAUUCUGUUGUUCAUUUAAUUUAUUUCACAAGCGAAUGUUGUUGAUUUUGCUUCCCUUACCAUGUCGCCCUCAGUCGCGUCGCUCCCAAACUGAAUCAUCUCGCCCUCGCGUGCAGACACGUCGCUUCAAUUAGGUCAUAUCUAAGCAGAAACACUGAGAUAUCCUCAUUACUGGAUUUCAAAAAGUAAUAUCUUAAGCAAAAGCGAGAGUAACCAGUCAUUCUGAUGACGUGAAGUAAAGCGUGCUUUAUUAAAACGUUCGGCUGAGACAACAAGCGAGUAAUUAAUUUUCAGUACACAUCAUUUUAAAGCGGAGACUGAAACACUUCAGAUCAGCAGAUUAACAUAUUUUCACUUCUAUUUCUUUAAGAAAUUAAGAUGUUACUGUUCUCAUGAUUGUGAUCCUUGGGAUUCCUGUGUGUGGGAUUCUUGAAAUCGAGGUCCUUAUACGCGGCAUUCUCCGACUCAAUUUCUCCGAACCUUAUGCAAUCCCACUCUGUCUUUGCGACCCCAGAAUGGUUUUGGGUCUUCCUGCACAAAGCUGUUGGCAAACGACAUAAUUUUUCAGUUUGAACAAAAGAUUCAUGAACAUCAGUCACAGGAUAACAUCAAUCAGCAGUUGGUCAUAGUUCUGUAACCCUUUAAACCUAAGAUCAGUACGCAUAUUCUCCAAACUAUUCUCCUUACGUUUCCUAAAGCUGCUGACAAGGAGAAUAUGUUAAAAAAUCAAUACCUUCUUUCAUUUGUGAUCAUUUGCUUUAAUCUCAGGACUUAAAUGUGUGAUUCAGGGUUGAUAUCGUUAGGAGAAAUUAGAUACUAGUCACUCAUAAGGGUGAAGGGUUGACAUACUAGUACAUGUAUAGAGCCAAUUUUUUAUUGGUGGCCGUGGUAAUCACUUUGUAAUAAUAUUAAUUUCCUGCUACUUUGGAGCGGAAAAAGCUCGCCACAAUAUUUUUUAUCAGUGGUUAGUCGCGCCGUUGAAACCCGUUGUCUUAACUUACCUUUCCCGGCUACGGACACGGCGUUCUCGACACAGACCCCACGCGGUUACACAGUUUUUGACGACAUCCGCGUUUUUAGGGCUCCGUUCGUCCCACGCCGGAUGAAUUUGAAAACGCAACAUACAAUAGCCUAUUUAGCUGGGGUGGAUGGAAUGGGGGAAGCAGUUUACAUGAGCAUGGAGCGCGAAAAAUCCUUACA